UAUCAUUUGACUGUUUUUCUUUCUUUCAUUUUUCUUUCAUUUCCUCCUUUUAGGCCUUUUUGUUCAGUCAUUAGACUGGUAUCAAGUAUUUGUUCCUCGGUUGCUGCACAGGAAGAACCUCCCUCUCUCUCUCUUUCUCUCUCUGAGUUCAUUGAAACUAUUUUCCUUCUUUCAUGCCAGAGGCAAGAUGGUGAUUGAUUAAUCCUCAAUUUCUGGUAACUGCAGACAAAGACUGUAUUAGAUGGCAACUCCUCUAGUUACUGGAUUGUCAGUAGCAGCUGCUGCUUUGGGUGGUAAAUAUUUGAUCCGAGCUUAUAAUGCUUACAAAGUGCGCCCUUCUUGCAUGCGGCAAUUCUAUGAAGGUGGAUUUAAACCUGUUAUGAAUAGAAGAGAAGCUGCAUUGAUCCUUGGAGUGAGGGAACACGCUGAAAUUGAGAGGAUUAAAGAGGCACACAGAAGAGUCAUGGUUGCAAAUCACCCAGAUGGCGGUGGGAGCCAUUAUAUGGCUUCCAAAAUAAACGAGGCAAAGGAUCUUCUAAGUGGUAAAACGAGGAGUUCUGGAUCUGCCUUCUAGAGGCUGAACUGGUGGCACAUAUUCGUUCUUGAGAGUCUGAGAUUCGUUUGUCGUCUAUUGCAAUGUGCUAUCUUCUUUCGUUGAUGUCAUACGACCACGAUGAGGAACACAUACUGUUGGACUGGUUCUGUUAUUAGCAUUUGUCUCCUGUGGUCAAUACAACUAAGACGGACUCUCAUGAGCGUGAGGCUUCCAUGAACCUAACCGUGCAUUUACCCAUAUAUCUAAUUUAUCGUCCAGCUAUUUGACCCGACCAGUGUCUUCGAGGAAUUGUGGAUGUGAAAGGGUGGCCUCCCUUUUGGAGGUAGAUGCAUAAUUUUCUUUUGGGUGCUAUUUCAACAGCUUCAACAUCUUGUAUAUUUAUUUCAUUGAGCUUGUCAAGGCACCACUCUAUAAUGGACUAUACUUAGCGUUUAA